AUGGACCUGAAGCAGGUGAGUCCCGGACCUUCAUCAUCAUCCCCCACCCUCCUCCUCCUCCUCCUCAUCAUCAUCGCCUCUCCUCCACAGAUCUUCCUCCUCGCGCUCUGCCUCGUGCCCGCGUGGACGUGGACAUGCAUGCACCGGUGCUGUAAUGGAACGGAACUGGAGGAAACGGCGCAGAAGAAGCUGCGGGUUCGGAUCCCGCAGCCUCUGGAGCCGAGCCCCGCCCCGCACAGCCUCCCCGCAUCCUGUCCCCUGGACCUGUACCAGAGACUGGCCGAGGACAUCAAGGACAGGUCACUGUCCCCCUGGAGAUACAUACGGGUCACCGACCAGGACUACUUCCCCUCCACCUACAUGGAGGCCCAGUGCCUGUGUGAGGGCUGCAUCAUGAUGCUGAAGAACGGUUCCGUGGUGGAGAACCAUGACUACAACUCCAGGCCCGUCCUGCAGUCCCGGGGCUUCCUGAAGCGGGACAGGAGCGGCUGCCACAAGGGCAAGUACCGCCUGAAGGUGGAGUACCGGCAGGUGGCGGUGGGCUGCACCUGCGUCACGGCCUUCAGCAUCCCCACUUAG